UGGAUGCGAACGCGCGGAGUGAAUGAAUGGAGCGGUCUUGCUUUCGGAAACUUUACUUUUGACAGCUACUUGAGCUGACCAUACAGACUGUUCAGCGGAAUUAUUCACUUAAAUUCACUUUACGGAGGAGUCUUUCAUUUUUUGUUGGGAUUACUGCAGGUCACUUUUGGGUUGUAACCAUGUUGCCUGACUCUAUUCGGAUGUUUUUUUGUUUGACGUCGUAUCUUUGUCCCAUAUUUUUUGGAGUAGCUGCAUUCAAUUUGGAUUUAGAAAAAACGACUGUAUACAGCGGUCCUGAAGGUAGUUAUUUUGGCUAUUCGGUGGACUUCCAUCGGCCAUCGCCGGACAAGAGCGUUAUGAGUGUCUUGGUCGGGGCUCCAAAAGCGAACACAUCUCAGCCAGGAAUUGUGGAAGGGGGAGCCGUGUAUUACUGCCCUUGGCCAUCUACAGACUCGACUCCCUGCCGCCAGAUUCCCUUUGAUAUCGCCAAUAACAGGAUGAUAAAAGUGAAUGGGACUCGGGAACCACUGGAGUUCAAAUCUAAUCAGUGGUUUGGAGCCACGGUCAGGACACACAAAGGCAAAGUGGUGGCGUGCGCCCCGCUGUACCACUGGCGCACGGUGAAGAUGAGCAGCGAGAAAGACCCGGUCGGAACAUGCUACGUGGCCGUCCAGAACUUCAGCGCCUAUGCGGAGUACUCUCCCUGCCGCACUAACGAUCCGGAUCCUGAGGGACAGGGGUUCUGCCAGGCUGGCUUCAGUGUGGAUUUUACAAAGGAGGGAACCCUAGUGGUGGGAGGACCAGGGAGUUUCUACUGGCAAGGUCAGGUGAUAACAGCAGGCAUUGCCGAAAUCAUCAACGGCUACUCUCUGAAGGCCAUUCUGAGGAAAGUGAGCGGGGAGAAGCAGACGGUCGCCGCACCCGACAGCUAUGACGACAGCUACCUUGGUUAUUCGGUGGCAGUUGGGGAAUUCACAGGGGACUCAGAGCAAGAGCUCAUUGCUGGAGUGCCGAGGGGGGCGCAUAACUUUGGCUAUGUUGCUGUUAUAAAUUCAACUAAUUUAACGUUCAUUCAGAAUUUCACUGGAGAGCAGAUGGCCUCAUAUUUCGGCUACACGGUAGCUGUGAGUGAUCUGAAUGGUGAUGGCCAGGACGACGUGCUUGUGGGUGCCCCUCUGUACAUGGACCGGGAGUUUGAGAGCAAGCCCAAGGAGGUGGGCCGGGUCUACUUGUACCUUCAGGAGGACAUCCUGACCUUCAGUGACCCCAUCAUCCUCUCGGGUACAGACAUUUUUGGCCGAUUUGGGAGUGCAGUUGCCUCUCUUGGGGACGUGAACCAGGACGGCUUUCAUGAUAUCGCGGUGGGGGCACCGUUCGCAGGUGAGGAACGGAGGGGCCGGGUCUUCAUCUACAACGGACAGAGCAGCGGGCUGAGGCCCCAGGCCUCCCAGGUGCUGGAGGGGAUCUGGGCUUCGCAGUCCAUGCCAGCAGGGUUCGGCUUCACCCUGAGGGGGGACUCUGACUUGGACAAGAACGAAUAUCCAGAUCUAAUCGUAGGCGCUUUCGGAGUGGGGAAAGCAGUGGUUUACAGGGCUCGGCCAGUGAUAACGUUGGAGGCCCGCUUGCACCUCACUCCCAGGAUCCUCAACCCCGAAAACAAGAGCUGCCUGCUGCCUGGGUCGGACACCAUGGUGACCUGCUUGACGGCGGAGGUCUGCGCUAAGGCGUCGGGCAUCGGAGCCGGAGUUCCAGAUGAAGUGGCCCUCAAUGCAGAGCUGCAACUGGACUGGCUGAAGCAGAAAGGGGCCAUUAAGAGGGUCCUCUUCCUGGACACUCACCAGCACCAGCACCAUUGGACCCUCGUCAUCGACAAGAGGAAGAGUCAAACUUGCCAGAGUUUUACUGUGUAUCUCAGAGAGGAGAGUGAGUUUCGGGACAAACUGAGUCCCAUCAGCAUGGCUUUGAACUACAGCCUGAAUGAGACUUCCCCACUUCCUGGGCUGACACUCAGACCAAUCCUGGACCACUAUGGCAAGUCUUUCAUCCAUGAGCAGGCUUACAUUCUGCUGGACUGCGGAGAGGACAACAUGUGCAUCCCGGAUCUCAGGCUGUCAGCCACAAUGGACCGAGAGCAGCUGGUCAUCGGAGACGACAACCCCGUCAUGCUGACCAUCAACGCGGCAAACCUGGGCGAAGGAGCGUACGAGGCGGAGCUGCACGUGCUCAUCCCUCCAGAGGCCGAUUACAUCGGGGUGGAGCGCCGGCGAGAGGCUGUCCAGCGUCUGAACUGCGAAUACCAGAUGGAGAACGACACAAGGAUGGUGGUGUGUGACCUGGGGAACCCCAUGAUGGCCGCAACCAACCUGUCGGUGGGCCUUCGCUUUUCUGUUCAGAGGCUGGAGGAGGUGGGCCCCCACCUCGGCUUCGACCUACAAAUCCAGAGCUCCAACAAAGACAACUCAAAGAGCAACCCAGUGAGCCUGGUGCUGAAUAUCUUGGCAAAGGCACAAGUUGAUAUACGUGGGGUGUCGCACCCGGCUCAGAUCAUCCUGCCUUUCCCCCGCUGGGAGCCCAAGGAUAAGCCCGUUAAGGAGGAGGACAUUGGCCCACAGGUCCGGCACAUCUACGAGCUCCACAAUAAGGGUCCAAGUGCGAUCAGCAGUACAGUCUUGGAGGUGGGCUGGCCCAGCCGCUAUAAGGACGAACACCUCCUGUACGCUCUGGAGAUCGAGACUGACGGCCCAGUAACAUGCACGGCCAACUCCUCGCUCAACCCCCUAGACCUGGAGAUAUCUGGCCUGCAGGAUACACCUGAGCUCCUGGGUUUCCUGCGCAACACGAGCUCCACCCACUCCCGCCGUCGCCGUGCCGUCACCACGGCAGAGGCUUACAAGGGCAAGACCCUGAACUGCACUAACAUCCACUGCCUGAUGAUAGCAUGUCACGUGGGACAGCUGGACCGAGACAAGAGCGCCGUGGUGAAAAUCCGAUCACGACUCUGGGCCAACACCUUCCUACAGAGGCGGAACGACCCCUAUGUGCUGAAUUCCACCGUAUCCUUCAAAGUGAUGGGCAUGCCUUAUCGAGUCAAGCCAGAUACCCUUCCCCGGGACUCGAAAUCAAUAGGUACCUUCGUGGUGUGGGCCACUCCAGACGUCUCCUUCGCCAUACCGCUGUGGGUCAUCAUCCUAGCCAUUCUCCUGGGACUGUUGGUCCUGGCAAUCCUCACACUCGUCAUGUGGAAGUGUGGGUUCUUUGACCGGGCGCGGCCCCCAAGCGAUGACGUGUCGGACCGAGAGCAGCUGACAUCGGAGAAGUCCACAGAGGCUUGAGCAGGGUGCGCUGCCGGCGAGCCUCGUUUCAGGACCAUUUCGGGGAACUCUUCGAGGCUUGUUCCAACCCUCCCGAUGACUUUCCCACAGCGACCUGAAAUCUGUGGGUUGAACCAUAAGAAUACUGACUUUCCAAGUGCUAUUAGACCGAGAAACAUGAAACACAAUUUAAACACUGAGGGACCAAUAGCGGUUGUUGAGGUUGUGAUCGCCCAACAACCCUCCAACCAGAAUGUGACUGCAAAAGAGAGAUCUGCACAUUCCAUGGAAUCAAACAAUGACAGCCGGAUAUUCCUUUGGUUCAGUUCCUUCGCUUAAAUUCCUGGAGACUAUUGAGGGCGAAUUUCAUGACAUGACUUAAGUUUCUUUUAUUUGCUUUCAGAUAUUUUCAGUCCGAGAGAACUCACUUUUUGGCUGUUUUGACUGAAGCGCUUUUCAGGACAUGCACCAAACAGGACACUUUUCAACUUUUCCAAGAGUUUCAGCCUUUGUGCCUUUUUCAACCGUUUCAGCCCCUCUGUAGCCACCGAAGGACAGUGCCUUUUCUAGACAGCCUUACAAUUAUUGUUCUUUACAAUACGCAUCCACUUAAUCUCAGGUGUAACCGUGGAAGGUUGAAGCCUCACUUCUGAGAACGUUCCAGAAACGUUACCUGCCUGUCAGUGAUAGCCUGUCCUCAGACAAAAGCUUGCAUGGAAUGCUACCAAAUCCACUCUUGUGCAAUGAGUACAAGAACAAUUGAGAAUGUUUAUUUACACUGCCAUUUUUAUUCAAGUGGGAAACAAUGCAAACACAGGACUUCACAUAGAAAUAAAUGGCACCGUUGACCAUGUCAAUGUGAUAGCUGAUUCCCUAUCAUAGUAGUUUUAGUUAUGAAGGCAUCCUUACUCUAUCAGUGAAAUGCUGUGGAGUUUCUAGAUCUUUCUAUUCACAGUUUGAGGUGUGUAAAUGGAGAGGGACACAGUAGGCACCACACAUUUUGUAGGCUCUCUGAAAACGAUUUGUCAUGACAUCCGAGAACCUGAACUGGCAGAGAGCUUUCUGCACCAGCAAUGACCUCAUGUUUUUGAUAUCAAACAUUAUAGAGGAUUUGAUAUCAUAUUUAAUGUUGUUUUGUCAUUGGAAAAAACAUACCUGAAUUCAGAUCCAAGCCGAUAGAAAAAUUCAAAAUUCACAAGAAACUAGCAUAAUGCUAUAGAAAUCAUCUAUACAUUAGAAAUAGCUAUUUCCAAAAUGUUAUUUGUUCAUUUUUAAAUAAUAAUUUGUCAGCUUGACCGUGUUUGGAAUGGUCAACUGUCUGCAACCCCAGCCAGGUUAGUGUGUGAACCCCAGUGUAGACCGCUGGGGUUUUCCGACUGAAACAUGCAUUGCAUGUUUUCACACCCCACACUGCAGCUAAGCUGGCAUAGAGUGCAGUCAGAGGAAGACCUUUCAUAUGCGUGCAGUCCAGAGGCGCUCUAUCGACUAGCGGCGAUCGCUAGAUAGCGAUGAAAUGCAGACACCGACCUGAAUGAACCCUUCCAUAUCCUGGGUGCCGUAAACACCAAUUGUGCGUACUCUAUGGAGCUAACGAGACACCACUGGCCUAAAUGAUCUGUUUUCAGCUAUAGUUUGGUGAAAUUGUGUUAUUAAGCUGGCUGUGGCACAAAAGUUCUUUAAGACUUUAAUUCAGUGUAAUUCAUUCCUAACACCAUGGGCCUAUCCUUUUCUAUAACUGAAAAUUAACAUGCAUUUCAGUAUGUCAAUUUAUUGAUUAAUUCUACUCAUUCCACUGCCCAUUCCACUUGAUAUUUAGAAGAUAUUUGACGAUACGGCCCUUCUGCAUUUCCUAGUACUACACAUAUAGGCAAAAAGGCAAGCAGCUAUUGCUCACAAGGGAGAAUAUAUGAAAUUGUAUGUGCAAUAUUGUGGUGUUUUGUAAAAUGCUGAAGCGUGUUUACACUGGUAUUAUUUUAUUAAAAUUAGUUCAGGUUUUGUAUAUAAUGUUCAAUGACUAGAUGUAUUUGUGAGGCUAGGACAGACAGAACAUUGUGUCCUCUACCAGCAAAAAAGGGAAAUACAAUUUUUGGUUUGUUUUUUCAAAUAAUAACUCAGUGUGCACAUAUGUACAGUUGUAAGUGACUGUUGAGGGGAUAAGAAGAACAUGGACAUUCCUGAUUUGUAUGUGACUGGGCGAGUCGAUUGAUCCUAAUCAUUUCAAUAGAUUAAAUGAUUAGGCCACACUCUUAUACUAGUACCCCACAGUUCAAUUCAUUCUGUUUACCAUGAGGUCAUGAGCUCAUCAUUUGCCUGCCACCGCACUUGAACUGCCUCAUGCAAGCCUCACAACCGGCACAGAAGACCUUAAUUAGCAGAAAAGUGCUGAAGAAUCUGUAAUUCAUUUUAUGACGUAAAUCUUCUUUAACCCUACAAUAACUAAAGUGCCUGCAGUGUGAGCAGCUGUCCAAGUCAAGGGCAGUUACCAUGCUAAUCUGUCGGCUUGUUUCGUUUAGUAAUUUUUGGUAUUACUGUUUGCAAGUAAAGUUAACGCACUAACACCCAAUGUCAGAGAGUGUAGUUUAAUGUAUGAAUGAGCUGUAAUGACCGUUGUCACUUUAAAAAAGUAUCUAUGUAUAUAGCUGACAAGCAGACUGUUGUUACAUAUUUUUUUUGUACUGAAGAAUAAAACAAUAUUAAAAUAAACAAA